AUGAGUGCAUAUGCUUCGAAGAAAAGUGCAAAAGAUGUUACUGCAGCGAUGAAAUCUGUUUUCCUGAAAGGUCGAUAUCCAAAAAAACAUUUACAUGUCGAUCAAGGCAAAGAAUUUUACAACAGCUACACUCCCAAUUGGACAACUAAAGUUUUUACAAUCGCAAAAGUAUUGAAUACAAUACCAAUAACAUACAAGCUUGCUGACUAUCAAGAUAACAAUGUUGAAGGAUGUUUUUAUCAAGAAGAACUGAGUCCAGUACGCUAUCCAGAUAUAUAUCUUGUCGAAAAACAUUUAAAAAAACGUAAAAAUAAAGUACUUGUAAGAUGGUUAGGUUUCGAUUCUGAACAUGAUACAUGGGAAAAUGAAUCAGAAUUAUAA